AUGAUCAAAAUUCAUAAGGUGCUGAGCAUAGCUUUAGUUAUCUCAGUUAUAUUUUCUGGGGUAUUAGCUUUAAAAAAUGCUAAUGACUUUAAGAGCAGCCUCUUUAAAUUUAAUUCGAUACCCAGUGGUGUUUAUGAAAUUGAAAUAGGAGAUUAUUUUACUAAUAGGAUAUUAAUGGCAUAUGGAGAUUACAAUGGCGAUAAAUAUACUGAUAUGAUUACUGUGACAUCUUUGCAAAAUCCAGGUUCAUCAUAAACAAUUUCAGUUAAUUUAUGGUCAACUCAAGAUGGUCGUUUCGUAGAAUAUGAUCUUCCUGUUCCUAAAUGCAAGGGUGCUAUUAAAAAUAUUAUUCCAGGUGAUAUCAAUUUUGAUGGUUAACUUGAUAUGGUUGUUGUAACUGCAUAAGGUAACGGAUAAUUUUGCUUGGAUUUCUUUAAAUAAAAUAACUGCAUGAUGUCUGGCUGUCCCUUUGAAAGUUUAGAUUUUUCUGCAACAUUCAAUCCAAUAUAAAUGAAGUCUUAACCUAUAGCUGGUGACUUUACAGGUUAACAUUUUUUCUAACUAAUGAUAUACAACUCCUUAACUCAAAAAAGAGAGAUUUUUGAAUUCUAGCCAGAUAGGAUUGUCAACGUUCACUUCUUAGAUUUAUAUUCUAAAGACGAUAAUUGCCAAGAUUAUCCUAAUUAAUUUGAUUUCUCAGUGCCACAUUUUAGCUCUGUUGUAGAUUUUAAUGGUGACUGUAGAGCAGAUUUAGUUAUUUAAACUCAACAAGGAAUUGAAUUUUGGGCAAAGGAUGAUAAUAAAAAUUUUUGCUUGGUCGCUAUUUAACAAAUGAAAAGAGCAGGAGCAUCUAUUGUUUCUUUUACUUUCGCUGAUGUUAAUUUCGAUGGAAGUAUUGAUAUGGUAGCUCUCGUUUAAGAUAAUGGGUAUAGAAUUGUAACUAUGUACAACAAGUUUAGAGUAUCUGCUUCUAAUUUAUGUUCAAAGUUUAAAUAAUACCCAUAUGAGUUGAUAUCUUCUCCAAGUUCAUAUGUUUAAUAUUAAGAUGAAACAAUAGACGUUUAUUCUAACAACCAAGGUUAUUUACCUGUCUAAAUAAGAAUGGGAGACAUUAACUGGGAUGGACAACCCGAUAUUAUUAUAACAACUAACACUGCUGGUGCAAAUUAUGGCUAACCUAUCAUUCUAACUAACAGUGAUUGUAAUGAUAGCGAUUGUGCAAAUUUAAGUGUUUCUAAUAAGAGAUAGUUCUUGCCUUCUACUAGCUCAAAUUUCAAUUCAUUAUACAAAACUUAGGCUAUAAACAUAGCAUUCUUCGAUAUCAACGAAGAUGGUAAGUUAGACUUUAUGGUUAAUACCUUUGAAAAUGGUAUGUAUAGUAUUAGAUGCUUCUUCAACUAUAUUUAAAAUGAUGCCUUCUUCUUAAAGGCCUUAGGCUUAAAUGGUUAAUGCACCACAUCUUCAUGUUAAAGUAGUGUCUAUUAUGGUGCUUCUUACCAAUGUAAGGUUACUACACUUGAUACUCAAUAUAAAACUGCCACAGGUGCUUAACUCACAUAAUCUGCAAAUGGUGCAUUGUAGCUUCCUUUUGUUAUUUUAGGUUUAUCAAGAACCAACAAUUAUAUCGAAAACUUUUCAGUAGGUCUCUCUUAACCAGAUGCUGAUACCUCUACAAGAUCUUGGACUCCUAUCAUUCCUAACUCUCAAUUGAUUAUUUUCCCUUAUACCUUAGAUCCUUCAAAGUGGGAAAUCAGUAUCUUUGUUUAACCAAACGACGCUUUAAUUAUUGUUAUUAUAGUAACCGUCAUAAUAUUGGCUAUAUUAGGUUCUAUUAUUAUUUAUUACCGUCGUCAAGAAAUUAACCAAGAUACCCAAAACCAAGAAGAAUUCUUAAAGAUGAUUAGAUGA